AUGCAGUUAUUCCCAAACUAUGGCGAUGCCGAAAAACAGAACAAAAUUUACACGCGCGCGCGUGCUGAGAUGAUUCAAAAAUGGUGCUCAAGGCUCCGCCAUGCGGCGGCCCUUUAUUCCGUUCCUAAGCCUCACCACCACCGUCACUCUAUCAUUUCCGGUCGCCUUCUUCACACUUCCCCCAACUUUCUGCACAAACCCCACAUAUCCUCCCAUUCCAUAAUUUCCCCCAAUUUCAAGCUUCCUCUCAAUGCCCCUCCCUUUCCGCAGCUAGUUGAUCCAAGUGCGGCAUAUCACUGUCAAGCAGAGGAAAAGGAAGUUAAAGAGUCGUUUAAAGGAAGAUUUAGGGUAAUGAAUGAUGGAAAGAUCAGGCGCUGGAAGGAGGAGAAGAGGCAUAAUGCAUUCUCAAAGGUUUGCGCCACAACACUAAUUGGCAAAGUACCCCUUUAUGACCCCACCUCUAUUGAGCGACUCGUAAUUUGGCGAAUAAUCGAACGCGACCCACGAAUUCUGUUUAGGCUCCCAUCUAUACGCACUCUCCUCAUCGAAUUUCCAAUCGCAGGUCUUGUACUCGUCACUCGUGCAGUCGUAGUUGUAUUUGUACGCGACAAACGUGCCCAUAUUUGUCGAGCAGUUGAACAUGGUGGACGAUGGGUAGAUCACUCGUUUGUGGACUUUGAACAUAUACUGGCCGCCCGAUUGGAGGUGGACCACGUCAAAAUUGUCGUCGAACGAGAAGCAACGUAUGCUGAGGUAGUUUGUGUGGUUGUUGGUGAGCACGACUGUUUUUCCCUCGUCCUUGGGCUUCGCGUGGGCCCGGCCCGGAAUGUCGGCCAUGAGGGCUGCGGCAGCAGCCACGAGGAGGAGGAGGAUGGCCAAGUUCAUGGUGGCGCUUGUCUUCGUAGCCUCCAAACGAGCCGCGGUUUUGCUAGAGGUAAGCUGCUCGUAAAGGUCCCUAAUCUUCAACCCAAUGAUCGUCUGAAAAAGUCCGGUCCCAUUGUUGCUGCCAGGGAAAUCCGCAUGCUUUAG